AACACCGCCGCCUCCCCAGCCUCCGCCGCCACCUCGCCCGACACUCUGCAGCUCUCCGCGGCCGGCCGGGGGGCGGUGCGCCGAGCGCGCGCCGGGCGCCAGAUGUGCAGUCUCCGCCGCCGUCAGUGACCCAGCCGCAGCCCCAGCCGGCUCGGGGCGUCUCGCCAAUGCUGCGGGGGCGAUCUUGAGCGCACCCCGGUUUCCCUCGGCGGGUAUCCCGUACACCCCGAUCCCCGGCGCGGGGUCCAGCCUUCUCCAGCCCGGCUCGCCCUGCGCUUGGACAUGGAAGGGGCCGCUGCGCCCGCGGCGGGGGAUGACCGUGAUUUGGGGCCGGGGGUGCCGGGCUCUCCACGGGAGGCAGCAGCCGGGGCAUCUGCAGCCCCAGCGGCUGCUGCGGCGGCCUCGGAGCCCAGGAAGCCACACGGGGUGAAGCGACAUCACCACAAGCAUAACUUGAAGCAUCGCUACGAGCUGCAGGAGACUCUGGGCAAAGGCACCUAUGGCAAAGUCAAGAGGGCCAUAGAGAGGUUUUCGGGCCGAGUGGUUGCUAUAAAAUCCAUUCGUAAGGACAAAAUUAAGGAUGAACAAGACAUGGUUCACAUCAGACGAGAGAUUGAGAUCAUGUCAUCCCUCAGCCAUCCUCAUAUCAUCAGUAUUUAUGAAGUGUUCGAGAACAAAGAUAAGAUUGUGAUCAUCAUGGAAUACGCCAGCAAAGGAGAGCUGUAUGACUACAUCAGUGAGCGGAGACGCCUCAGCGAAAGGGAGACCAGGCAUUUCUUCAGGCAGAUUGUGUCUGCAGUGCACUAUUGUCACAAGAAUGGUGUGGUCCACCGGGACUUGAAGCUGGAAAAUAUACUGCUGGAUGAUAACUGCAAUAUCAAGAUUGCUGACUUUGGGCUUUCCAACCUGUACCAGAAGGACAAGUUUCUGCAAACAUUUUGCGGGAGCCCACUGUAUGCAUCUCCUGAGAUUGUCAAUGGGAGGCCUUACCGAGGGCCAGAGGUGGACAGCUGGGCCCUGGGCGUGUUGCUUUACACUCUUGUUUAUGGAACGAUGCCCUUCGAUGGUUUUGAUCACAAGAACCUCAUUCGACAGAUCAGCAGUGGAGAGUAUCGGGAGCCCACGCAGCCCUCAGAUGCUCGAGGGCUCAUUCGGUGGAUGCUGAUGGUGAACCCCGAUCGCCGGGCCACCAUUGAGGACAUUGCCAACCACUGGUGGGUGAACUGGGGCUACAAGAGCAGUGUCUGCGACUGUGACACCCUGCCCGACUCUGAGUCCCCACUCUUGGCGCGGAUCAUUGACUGGCACCACCGGUCCACGGGGCUGCAGGUUGAGGCUGAAGCCAAGAUGAAGGGUCUAGCCAAACCCGGAGCAUCAGAGGUCGUGCUGGAACGGCAGCGGUCACUGAAGAAGUCCAAGAAAGAAAAUGACUUUCCCCAGUCUGGCCAGGACUCAGUGCCUGAAAGCCCAUCCAAGUUGAGUUCCAAGAGGCCCAAGGGCAUCCUAAAGAAGCGAGGCAACAGCGAACAUCGCUCCCACAGCACUGGCUUCAUUGAAGGCAUCGUGGGACCUACCUUACCAUCUCCUUUCAAAAUGGAGCAGGAUUUGUGUCGGACUGGCAUCCCCGUCCCCAGCUCCCCUGAGGCAGACAUGCCAGGGAAGCUCAGCCCCAAACAGUCGGCCACAAUGCCCAAAAAAGGUAUCUUGAAAAAGACGCAACAGAGAGAAUCUGGUUACUAUUCAUCCCCAGAGCGCAGUGAGUCUUCAGAACUGCUGGAUAGUAAUGAUGUGAUGGGCAGUGGCCUCCCUUCCCCCAGCCCCCUGGACCCAGCCAGGGGGGCUUCCCACAGCCUGUCCUGCCGGAGGAAGGGCAUCUUGAAACACAGCAGCAAGUACUCUGAGGGUGCCACAGACCCUGUCCUCGCCAGUCCCGAAAUACCCACACUGGAAUCCUUGUCAGUGCCUGGAGUCCCCUCCGACGGCCUCUCCCGGAGUUAUAGCCGUCCCUCCAGUGUCAUCAGUGACGACAGUGUCCUGUCUAGUGACUCCUUUGACUUGUUAGAUCUGCAGGAAAAUCGCCCAGCCCACCAGCGUAUCCGUAGUUGUGUCUCUGCUGAAAACUUCCUCCAGCUUCAAGACUUUGAGGGGUUGCACAACCGGCCCCGGCCCCAGUACCUGAAGCGGUGCCGGAACCGGCAGGCAGACAGCAGCUUUUCCCUCCUCGCCGAUAUGGAUGACGUGACUCAGGUGUAUAAGAAAGCGCUGGAGAUCUGCAGCAAGCUCAACUAGUCCUCCAGGGCCCAGAGGAAGGGAUGGGUGGGCCAGUGGGGAACAGGACUUGUGCUGACAGGCUGGUUACCCCUUUGCUAGCCAUGACAAUGAACUGGAGAAGGCUUAGCGCUGGCUGGCCUGACCAGGUUUACAGCCUUGAGCCAGCACCUGAGAAAGAGAGAAGUGGCUCUCUGCCAACUCUGCCAACUACCAGUCAGAAUGUGGGUCCUAAUUGGCAUCCCCAUAUAGCAUCUCACCAAGGACCAGCUAUCCAGGGAAGGUGGUGUUGGCCAGCACUUAGUGGGGGGGGCAUUAGGAAGAGGGGUUGUUUCCUUAGAAGUCGUUCAGACACUACUGGGGGGGGCAAGAGGGACUGAGACCAUCUGCUUUAGAUGAAUACAAAGACCUUCCUCUUCAUUAGCAAGCCUGGGCUGACUACACAGGCUAGCAAGAUUUCAGCAAUCUGAGCUUGAAUCAGUGAUGGAUUGAUGUCUGUACUGUGUGCUAUUUGAGUAGCCCAGGCAUCAGAGAGUGCUGUGAUUGAAUACUAAUGGCUGCUGUGGAAACAGGAAUGAAGGCAGUAAUACUCAUGCCACUGGUUAGUGGUCAUCCUUGACCUGUCAGAACCCUGGGAAUUAGGUUAAGGCAUCCUGUGGUGUCUGUGUGAACUCUUUCAUGCCUCAUGGUGGCAUGUGUUAAUGGGAAGCAGGGAGAUUUGGUCAGAGAGAGAAUGCUUUGCACUCUGCUAAGGAAACAGUCAGGUCAUGGUAAAUUUCUGUCUCCUGACUACCUGCCUCUUUCCUGAUGUCUGCCUUGUUCUUUAGCAUAACCCUUUGAAAGUGAACAAGGAAGGAGAGGGCAGUGUCAGAGGCCAUGGCUGUGGUGUGUGAUAGAGCACAGGACCCCUGUGGUCUUUGCAGAGCUGAGUGGAGGGUGAAACAUACCAGCACAGGGCAACUUGUUACUUUCUUCAAUGUCUCAAUGUUAACUGGAACAUUGCCUCUUGAGUUGUCACCUGCAUGGGUGCUUUAAUGGGAUGUAAUGCUGUCAACAGUUUCCAGGGGCUUACUCUCAGCCAUUGCCCUGUUCACCACGAAUGCUUUCCUGUCGACGAGGGUGAGGUCUGGUGGGAGAUGAGUUUGCUUCUAGGGAGAGAGUUCAUGUCUAGGUGGGAUGUUCGGAUGAGGAAAGUCAAGUCUGCCAGAAGGUGUUUUUCCUCAAAACCUAAGUAUUCUGUCUCACGUUUUUGAACUCUGACAUGAACUUUUGUGCUUUGGGGAGAAAGCAAAUCCCAUCCAUCCAUGGAACAAGGUGUGGAGAGAACAGAGUGGGUUGGGGAGGAAGCUUAGUGUGGAACAUUUCCUCAGGAGCCUUCCAGAUGGUUCUGGAGGUGGCAGAAAAGAGGUGUGACAGGAUUCUUAAAAAUGUUCAAGCUGGUUAUCUAAUCUCCAAAUGCUCUGAUUCCAGAUGAUGUCAUUUCCAUAGUGAGCACCCCAAGGAUCCUGGGGGUUGACAUGAAUGGUCUUUCUGGGAUGACCUUGGAAUCCACUGGCUUGGGCAGAUCAGAAUCUUUUUUUUCCAAGGUGGCCACCUUUUGAUAACCCCUUAGGGAGAGAGGAAGACAUGUCAUGGGAUGUCUAAGGAGAAACAGGAUUUGUUACAGUACUGAGAACAGUCACUAGGAAGAUGUUACCCUUGCUUAAAGGAGACCGAUCUGUGCCCCCCCAUGCUUCUGGCUCUGGCGUUUUGGCCUGUGCCUUCCUUUGGGUUGAGCUGAGCAGGGUAUUGUGGGAAGCUGCUUAGUUUCCUUUUUUUCAAUUCCAUCUCCUUCCUGAACUCCAGUAGCUGCUAAAAGGGAGAAAAACUUAUAAAUAGAAACCUGUGUUUGGGGGUGUGUGGGGUGCAUGGAGGGUAGCCUGUAACCUCGGACCCCUCCCCCCAUCUCCUUGCCUCCAAUGCAGCCUUUUGUGAACAGCUCCUCUUGCCACAUUGCUGGCCUCGGAUAUACCAGCCACCUACUGGUUGAUGAGAAUUUUUCCUUUUGCCUGGGGAUUGUGUCUUCUUAAUAUUUCCCAUCAUUCUAAUCUUUGAGUAAAAGUGACUCCAUUAAGGAAAACCAUCUUACUCCCCUUUCCCUCCUCCCAGUCACCAGUAUGUUCUCUUCUGUCAGUACGUUCAAAGACAGUGGGUUUCAGAAGAAAAAAAAUGUCUUAUGCUCAGAGAAGAGACUCAGAAUCUAGUCCCGGUCUGCCAGAAGAUCUGGUAGUUUCAGCACUUCCUUGUUUCCAGGGCUGUUUCCCUGUCCGUGAAGGCUGGAGAGGUGGAUGGGUUGGUCUGCCAAGGGUAUGCUCAGUUCUGGCAUUCUGACAUCUCUUGCUUCUAGAAGAGAUGCCGACUAUCCCUUUUAGGAACAACUUAGAGCAGAGGGGAAAGCCGUUAAAAGCAGCUUCCCACUUGAGCAUUGUUAUCCUUGCCGCCCAAUCUUAGGCCAGGGAAGGUGUGCUUCAUUUCCUUCGAAUCCCAGGAGACACUUUGAUGACCAGAUGGACAGAACGGGGAGCCACUGCAGGCUCUCCUGGCCCUUUCCUUGCUUCUGGGGCCCUUUCAGCGUCUUCGUUUACACAUCUGCCAAAGGGGUGGAAUUACACUUCGUUUUACAGGUAAACUUCAAGGCACAAUCAGCUUUCAGGAAAGUGCUUCAAGAUUCUAGACUACAUGACAAUGCUAAAUUCCCUCUGAAUUUUGGUCCUGUUACCAGGUGCUCCUUUUCAAGUGAGCACUUUGCGGGGUGAAAUUCAGGUGAGUUUUGCCCAGGUCUGCUGUCUUGAGUACAAAUGUGAAUGAAUGAUGGACUGACUGCUUGUUGCCAAACUGGAAAUGUUCUGUAGGGAUUUACUGGCAUGGCGUCGUUCCUAGGAGGAAGAGAAAUAAUGGAGAGAGAAACUUGACUGCACAUUUUUUAAAAAAUCCGUAUUGUGACUUUUAUUUAAUUUCUAUUUUUUGGUAAUAAAAAGUUGACUUUUUAAUUUGAAUUUGUCUUUUUUAUUUAUUGGUCUGAAAGGCAUUUCAAAGGUAUUAUAAUAAUAUAUUGGUGUAAUUUAAUUGGUGCAACAUGCUUUAUGGCUCCAGUCAAAAUUGGUUUUCACUUAUGUGAUUGGUUUAAGAACAACCCAUUGGGGGGGGAAGGCUGGCUAACUACCCAAAGUGUUCAUUUUUCAUUGGGAACUAAGUUUUGUCUUUUUUCUGUUUUUAUUUUUAAAUUAAAUAAAUUGCAUUGAACUGAA